AGUAUCGAAAGUACCUAUAAACGAGUCGACGAUGCGUUGAAUUUUGAAUGUUUAAUAAUUAAGUAUGUUUUUCAAAUUAUCAGUUUCGACUAAUGAAUCUUUGCGGUGGUGGUUUUGUGAUAUUGUCUGUUCGAAUGUGAGAACUUCAGGUGGUGUGGAGUGGUAUUAUGGAUGGUUUGUGUUUCGAUUCGGAUUUGGUGAUGAUUUUUGUCGAAAAUAAUUAACUGAUUUGCUGUGAUAAAUUUCAAAAAUUACAGUUUGGAGUUUUUAAAAAGGAGCAAAAUGGAGACUCGAACUGUGCUUUGGAUUUUAACAUUUUUCGGUUUCUGGGUCAACUACAUGUUGAGGAAUAACAUAAAUAUAGCCAUCGUAGCAAUGGUUAAAGAUAAAAUAUCAAAUGAAACCAUGGUGAAUGAAUGUGCCUCAGUAGCCAACAACACUUUUUUCGAAUCGUUGACUGCAGCUUCAUCGAAACAUUCUGCACAAGAAGUUACGUUUGAUUGGGACGAAUACCAACAAGGUUUAGUUUUAAGUAGCUAUUUCUGGAUCCAUUGGCUGACCGAGAUUCCUGGUGGAAUCUUAUCUCAUCACUUCGGAUUUAAGAAAGUAGUCGGUGUUUCUAAUUUUCUCACCGCAGUAGGCACAUUUCUGAUACCAUUUUCAGCCAAAUAUAGUUUUAACGUGUUGAUGGCGUUGAGAAUAUUUCAAGGAUUUGUAUCGGGCACCAUUUGGCCUUCUUUCCAUGCAAUGACCGCAAAAUGGAUUCCACAGAAAGAACGAGGAAGUUUCGUAUCGUCCUAUUUAGGCAGCUCAGUUGGAAUCGCAUUCACUUACGCUGUUUCUGGAUACAUAAUCGAUGCAUACGGAUGGGAGUAUGUAUUUUAUAUGCAGGGUUUGUUGGGUAUAUUGUGGAGCAUAGCUUGGAUGCUGUUAGUCUAUGAUAGCCCAUCAGUGCAUCCGUGGAUUUCUACUAAAGAAAAAGUGUUCAUAUUGAAUAGUCUUGGGGAUACAUUGCAUGAGGAAGGCAAGCUACCUAUCCCAUGGAAAAAUAUAUUAACCAGUAGACCUGUCUGGAUCAACCAUAUUGCACAAUUUGGCACUACAUGGGGUCUAUUUGCACUGAUUACAGAGUCUCCAUCUUAUCUCAAGUUCAUCCACGGUCUUGAUAUUAAAUCGACAGGAAUAUUCUCUGGUAUUCCACACCUCACUAGAUGGAUAUUUGCUUACAUUUUUGGUAUUGUGACACAGCAUCAGAAAGCUGUAUCCAUUGGAAGAAUUCGAAUGCUCGCUACUACCUUAUGUACCAUUGGAGUUGGUAUGACCAUACUAAUCAUUAGUUUUUCUGGAUGUAACGUCAUGGUGGCUGUAAUAAUGCUUAUAGUGGCUGUUACUUUGCAAGGCACCAUUCCUGCAGGGCCAAUGGCCAAGGUUAUAGACAUGAGUCCUAAUUUUUCAGGUGUUGUACAAGGUAUCAGUGGGACCUUGAGUGUACUCUCUGGAUUCAUUGGUCCCAUACUGGUGGGAAACCUGACUCAGAAUAAUCAAACUUCCGUACAGUGGCAAAAAUUUUUCAUAAUCACCGCCGUAAUCUGCAGUUCGACCGGAGCACUAGAUUUAAUUUUCGGUACAUCUAAAUUACAACCUUGGAAUUCGGUCAAACCUGAACUCUCCAAAGAACAGCAAUCCACUCAAGCUAAACUACUUUCUAGAAAGAGUCGAAGAAAAUAACCUAUUUGUGCAAAAUAAAUCUACCUUUUCAUACAA